AGGGUAAAAGGGUAAAUGUAAGAAGGGAACAGAUCCCCAAGAACAGACGACUGCUAUCGAAUCGAGAGAUCGGACGCGGCGGAGCGUGGCGGAGGAGAGAGAGAUGAUGAAUGCGUAAAAAGUCAUCGUUCAUUCAUUCGUCUCUUUUUUUCAUUUGAUUGGUUUCUUUCUUAUUUAUAUAGACAGCUUCAUCAUCGAUCAUGAUGUCUUGUACUCUCCUCAAUCCAAAGAAGCGUCUCUUCCUCUGCUUGCUUGUUUCUCUCGCUUUCUUCCUCGUCGUCGACACCUCCUCUCAGCAGCAUCUCGAGGCCAAGAAGAAACUUAUGCGAGAGAAAGUACGCCAGAUGUUCUAUCAUGCGUAUGACAACUACAUGACUUAUGCGUUUCCGCAUGAUGAGCUAAAGCCUCUUACAAAAAGUUUCACAGACUCCCUCAGUGAGCUUGGAAAUCUCAAGCUUGAACACCUGCCAACAGAUUAUAAUGGAUCAGCUGUAACACUUGUUGAAUCCUUAUCCAGCCUUGCUAUAUUGGGAAACAGUUCAGAAUUUGAAAAGGGAGUUCGCUGGCUCUCAGAUAAUCUAAAAUUCGAUAUUGAUGCACGGGUCAACCUUUUUGAGUGCAAUAUAAGAGUUCUUGGAGGACUUAUCUCUGCUCAUCUUCUUGCAAUUGAUCCAACUAAUAGGCUGAUUCAGGGGUCCUACAAUAAUCAGCUUCUUCGACUAGCCGAAGACCUUGGAAAACGCUUUUUACCAGCGUUUGAAACACCCACAGGAUUACCAUAUGCAUGGAUUAAUUUGAAGAAUGGAGUAAUGGAGAAUGAGACAACUGAAACAAGCACUUCAGGAUGUGGUUCUCUCAUUCUUGAAAUGGGAGCAUUGUCACGGCUCACUGGUGACCCUAGGUUUGAAUCAGCUGCAUUACGUGCGCUUCGUCAGCUGUGGAGGAUGCGAAGUUCAUUAGAUCUGCUUGGGACGACGCUGGAUGUGGUAACUGGGGAAUGGCUGGAGUACUCCUCCAGCAUUGGAGCUGGGGUUGACUCUUUCUAUGAAUACCUCUUGAAGGCUUAUAUUCUUUUCGGAAAAGAAGACUACUGGCAAAUGUUUAGUUCUGCUUAUCUGGCAUCUCAGAAGUACUUCAGACAUGGGCCUUGGUACCAUGAAGCUAAUAUGUGGAGUGGGAAACCUACUUAUUGGCAGCUCACAAGUCUUCAGGCGUUUUGGCCCGGUCUACAGGUUCUCGCAGGAGAUAUCGCAGCUGCAAAUUCAACGCACCGCGAGUUUUUCUAUGUAUGGGAGAAGUUUGGUAUAUUACCUGAGAGGUAUCUACUGGAUCAUCAAAUGAUACAUCCGACCAUGAAGUACUAUCCACUACGUCCUGAAUUAGCAGAAUCCACGUUCUACCUAUACCAAGCUACAAAAGAUCCGUGGUACCUAGAUGUUGGGGAAGCAAUGGUGAAAUCUCUUAAUUUGUACACAAAGGUCCCAGGGGGAUUUGCAAGUGUUAGAGAUGUGACGACCAUGCAAUUGGAAGAUCAUCAGCACAGUUUCUUUCUUGCUGAAACGUGCAAGUACUUAUAUCUCCUCUUCGAUGAUUCAUUUGUGGCCAAAAGGAAUUAUAUAUUUACAACCGAGGGCCACCCUAUUCAGGUUGUGAGCUCCUGGCAUGAGAAACUACCAAAAAGUUAUUCAGGCAACUGGACGCUUUCAAAGGAACUUGCGAAUUUGCAGAGAGGGGCAUGGGAAAGUGGAGCUAGCGCAUUGUCACUGCAAGUAUGUCCAUCGAUAGCUCUCAACUCUAGACGUCCUGAGCAACACAGAGAGAGUGCUUGCCAUGUCCCUGACGAGAAAAUCAAUCAUAGGUGUCGGAGCAACAAAGAGUGAGGAGUUGAUGCCACUACUUGUAGACAAAGAUCCUGCAGCGGAGUUGGAUACUGCGGCUUAUGGAAUCCCUUAUAACUUUUGACACAAAACAGGGCGUUUUAGAGGUUUAGGAAAGGAAAGGAAAGAGAAGAGUUGGUUUGGUUGACAGUAAAAUGAAUAGUUGUUGCAUGAGGCUGUUGUAUCUUUUCUUUGAGUCAUCAGUCUUGACAUGGAUAUAUAUAUAUAUACUACGGGAGGAUUAACCUCAAUGAAAGGAAUAUUAAUGUUUUUCUUCAA